UCUUCUCUGCCUGGAGGAGGAGCACUGACCCUAACCCUCUCUGCACAAGACCCGAGCUUGUGCGCCCUUCUGGGAGCUUGCUGCCCCUGUGCUGACUGCUGACAGCUGACUGACGCUCGCAGCUAGCAGGUGCCUUCCAACCUUCUGUUGCCAUGAAGAUUGCAGUAAUCGGGCAGAGCCUGUUUGGCCAGGAGGUUUACUGCCAGCUAAGGAAGGAGGGCCAUGAGGUGGUGGGUGUGUUCACCAUCCCAGACAAGGAUGGGAAAGCAGAUCCCCUGGGCCUGGAGGCCGAGAAGGAUGGCGUGCCCGUGUUUAAGUUCCCUCGGUGGCGGGCUCGAGGACAGGCUCUGCCCGAGGUCGUGGCCAAGUACCAGGCUCUGGGUGCAGAACUCAACGUGCUCCCCUUCUGCAGCCAGUUCAUACCCAUGGAGGUCAUCAAUGCCCCCCGGCAUGGCUCCAUCAUCUACCAUCCAUCUCUGCUGCCCAGGCACCGAGGGGCCUCAGCCAUCAACUGGACCCUCAUUCAUGGAGAUAAGAAAGGAGGCUUCACUAUCUUCUGGGCUGAUGACGGUCUGGACACUGGUGACCUUCUGCUGCAGAAGGAGUGUGACGUGCUUCCAGAUGACACCGUGAGCACGCUGUACAACCGUUUCCUCUUCCCAGAGGGCAUCAAAGGGAUGGUUCAGGCUGUGCGACUGAUUGCAGAGGGCACAGCCCCACGCCGUCCCCAGCCUGAGGAAGGAGCCACCUAUGAGGGCAUUCAGAAAAAGGAGACAGCCAUGACACAUGUCUAGGAGGAAGCCCAGGUUCUACCUGCAAGAUUAGGCCCACUGUGCAGCAGUCUUCAGGAAUGAGAGAAGCUAGCUGAGGAGACAACAUCUUGGAUCCUACAGAUCAACUGGGACCAGCCAGCAGAGGCCAUUCACAACUGGAUCCGUGGGAAUGACAAGGUGCCAGGUGCCUGGACAGAGGCUUGUGGGCAGAAGCUGACGUUUUUCAACUCGACACUCAACACUUCAGGACUGGUGGCUCAGGGAGAAGCUCUACCCAUCCCAGGAGCCCAUCGUCCAGGCCUAGUCACCAAAGCGGGACUCAUCCUCUUUGGGAAUGAUGAUAGAAUGUUGCUGGUGAAGAAUAUCCAGCUGGAAGAUGGCAAGAUGAUGCCAGCCUCCCAGUUCUUCAAGGGGUCUGCUAGCAGUGCCCUGGAGCUGACCGAGGAGGAGCUGGCCACAGCAGAGGCCGUGCGGAGCUCUUGGAUGCGAAUUCUGCCCAAUGUCCCAGAGGUAGAAGACUCUACAGAUUUCUUCAAGUCAGGAGCUGCAUCCGUAGAUGUUGUGAGGCUGGUGGAGGAGGUGAAGGAGCUGUGUGACGGGCUGGAGUUAGAAAAUGAGGAUGUUUACAUGGCCACCACCUUCGGGGACUUCAUCCAGCUCCUAGUGAGGAAGUUGAGAGGGGAGGACGGCGAGAGCGAGUGUGUCAUUAACUACGUGGAAAAGGCAGUGAAGAAACUGACUCUCCAAAUGCCCUACCAGCUCUUCAUAGGCGGCGAGUUUGUGGAUGCUGAGGGCGCGAAGACCUACAGUACCAUAAACCCAACGGAUGGAAGUGUCAUCUGCCAGGUGUCUCUAGCUCAGGUGAGUGAUGUUGACAAGGCGGUGGCAGCAGCGAAGGAGGCCUUUGAGAAUGGACUGUGGGGAAAGAUAAAUGCGCGUGACCGGGGCCGGCUCCUGUACAGGUUGGCGGACCUCAUGGAGCAGCACCAGGAAGAGCUAGCCACCAUUGAGGCCCUGGACGCAGGUGCCGUCUACACGCUGGCCCUGAAGACGCAUGUGGGCAUGUCCAUCCAGACCUUCCGAUACUUCGCUGGCUGGUGUGAUAAGAUCCAGGGUGCCACCAUCCCCAUCAACCAGGCUAGACCCAACCGCAACCUGACCUUGACCAAGAAGGAACCUGUUGGGGUCUGUGGUAUUGUCAUCCCCUGGAACUAUCCCUUAAUGAUGCUGUCCUGGAAGACAGCAGCCUGCCUGGCUGCCGGGAACACCGUGGUGAUCAAGCCUGCCCAGGUGACCCCACUCACAGCCUUGAAGUUUGCAGAGCUGACACUGAAGGCUGGCAUUCCCAAGGGUGUGGUCAACAUCCUCCCAGGAUCUGGCUCGCUGGUUGGCCAGAGACUCUCAGACCACCCUGAUGUGAGGAAAAUAGGGUUCACAGGCUCCACGGAGGUGGGAAAACACAUCAUGAAAAGCUGUGCCCUGAGUAAUGUGAAGAAGGUCUCCCUGGAGCUGGGUGGAAAGUCACCCCUUAUCAUCUUUGCUGACUGUGACCUCAACAAAGCUGUGCAGAUGGGCAUGAGCUCCGUUUUCUUCAACAAAGGGGAGAACUGCAUUGCGGCAGGCCGGCUCUUUGUGGAGGACUCCAUCCAUGACCAGUUUGUGCAGAAAGUGGUGGAGGAAGUAGGGAAGAUGAAAAUCGGCAACCCCCUGGACAGAGAUACCAACCAUGGCCCGCAGAACCAUGAGGCCCACCUGAGGAAGCUGGUGGAGUAUUGCCAACGUGGUGUGAAGGAAGGGGCCACACUGGUCUGUGGUGGGAACCAAGUCCCAAGGCCAGGCUUCUUCUUUCAGCCAACCGUUUUCACAGACGUGGAGGACCACAUGUACAUCGCUAAGGAGGAGUCCUUCGGGCCCAUCAUGAUCAUCUCUCGGUUUGCUGAUGGGGACGUGGAUGCAGUGCUAUCUCGGGCCAAUGCUACAGAAUUUGGCCUGGCCUCUGGUGUCUUCACUCGGGAUAUCAACAAGGCCCUGUAUGUCAGUGACAAACUGCAGGCGGGCACUGUGUUUGUCAACACAUACAACAAGACCGAUGUGGCCGCACCUUUUGGAGGAUUCAAGCAGUCUGGAUUUGGCAAAGACCUGGGAGAGGCGGCCCUGAAUGAGUACCUGCGGAUCAAGACUGUGACUUUUGAGUACUGAAGCCAAGACUGUGAUACUUCUCCUGUACCCUGUUGACCUCAGGGAGUGCUGACCCUGUCUGGUGACUUAGCACCCUCCUGUCCCCAGCACUGCUCCUUUCAGCUGCUGGAGCUCUUGGCCUGGACCCCUGCUGGUGACAGGACACCCUCUGAACAAUCAGAAGUGGCUCCAAGUGGAGUGAGCAGUCAUGUCCCCCAUGAAUAAAAAUUGUGAGCAGAGGUCGCCUACA